AUGGCGACCCUCCUCCCCCCGCCCAGCAAGCGCCAAAAGCUCGCUCAAGCUGAGAAGGCCAGAGAGCAGCAGGAAAUUCAGAGCAUUCCUAGCGAUCUUGGCAGCGUCCGAGUCCAAUUCUACGACCAGGCCACCGGCAAUGCCACCGGUCCUGCAGUGUCGGUCCCUGUGGCCGAUGCGAAUGUUAAGAACCUCGAGACAUUACUGAAUACUCUGCAAGGGAACGAUGAUGAUGAUCGAGUGCCAUAUCGCUUCACUUACCAGUCCGACAAGAAGGAAGGGCAGACUAUCGAUAUUCUCGCCGACCUAUACCACUCACUUCUCCAACCUGGGAUCAAGACCACCGAAGACACAGUCUCGUUGUUCUUCACGCCGCAAGCUGUAUUCCGAGUCAAAGCAGUUUCCCGCUGUGCGGCCUCCAUUGCGGGGCACGGCGAAGCCAUCCUGGCAACCUCCUUCUCCCCCGUCAACUCGUCGACCAUGGUCUCCGGAAGCGGAGAUUCCACCGCUCGAGUUUGGGACUGUGACACGGGAACCCCGCUUCAUACUCUGAAGGGACACACUAGCUGGGUGUUGGCUGUGGCAUACUCGCCGAACGGCGCAAUGAUCGCGACUGGCAGCAUGGACAACUCCGUGCGAGUGUGGGAUGCGAAGAAGGGCCAGGCGCUGGGUGGACCGCUCAAGGGCCACUCCAAAUGGAUUACCAGUCUCGCCUGGGAGCCGUACCACAUGCAGGAGUCUGGACGCCCUCGUCUGGCGUCCGCGUCUAAAGACGCGACCGUGAGAAUCUGGGAUGUCGUGUCGAAGCACACUGAUUAUGUCCUCACGGGGCACAAGGGGUCCAUUACUUGCGUUCGGUGGGGUGGCACUGGGCAAAUCUAUACUGCGUCGCACGAUAAGACGAUCAAGAUCUGGAACCCCAAGGACGGUACCCUGAUCCAGACUUUGUCGGCUCAUGCUCACCGCGUGAACCACCUUGCCCUAUCCACCGAUUUUGUCCUGCGCACUGCCUACCAUGAUCACACAGGCAAGGUGCCGGAGUCGGAGGCUGAGAAGGUGGCUGCUGCACGGAAGCGGUUCGAAGAAGCGGCGACGGUAAACAAGAAGAUUGUUGAGCGACUUGUAUCGGCUAGUGACGAUUUCACCAUGUACCUGUGGGAUCCAUCGAGCUCGAAUAAGCCCGUCGCCCGGCUACUGGGCCACCAGAAGGAGGUCAACCAUGUUACCUUCUCUCCGGACAUGGCCUAUAUUGCCUCUGCUGGGUUCGACAACCACGUCAAGCUGUGGAACGGACGUGACGGAAAGUUCAUCACUACUUUCCGCGGUCAUGUCGGUGCUGUGUACCAAUGCUGCUUCUCUGCCGAUUCUCGGAUGCUGGUAUCUUCCUCCAAGGAUACCACCCUGAAGGUUUGGGAUGUCCGAACCGGCAAGCUGGCCACGGACCUUCCCGGGCACCAGGACGAGGUCUUCGCAGUGGACUGGAGUCCCGAUGGGCAGAAGGUCGGCAGUGGAGGCAAGGACAAGGCGAUUCGGAUCUGGCGGAACUAG